AUGCUUUACUAUGUGGUUUCCUUGUUAAGGUAGGGCUUUUGAAAGUUUUGGAGGUGUUUUUAUGUUUAGUCUGGCUACAGUGUUGUGAAGAGAGAAUGGGUUUAGCAAAAGGUGAAGUGGGAGAGGCAAGAGAUGUAAAGGGGCCUAGCGGAGCUUAUUGGUUUCCUUGCUGAUCUCGGAAUGGACCAAAAUUUGGCUAUGCCUAGACAUGUAAAGGGGCCUCGCCGGGCUUAGCGAGUCUCCUUUCAAAUCUCAAAAAGGCCCAAAAUUUGGCCAUGCUUAGACAUGUAAAGGGGCCGGGCCGGGGGUUGUGAAGCACUUUUCUAGUUUAGAAAUGGCUCGAAAUCUGGCCAGGUUUAGAACUAUAAAGACUGGGGGGGCUGGACCCAAUUUUCAGCUUUUUUCAAGUUUUCUGCGGCACGGCCCUAAGGCAGGACUUAGUGGCCUUCAUUUGAGGUUUAUAAUAGCUAGACCUGCUUUUUUUCAUAAGUAGUGAUAAUCAGCAGGCUAGGACUUACGAUUUUAGUCCAGAAGGGUAAAAAUGUUGGUGCAGGUAGCCAUGAAGAUAUUUUUGCAGGUUUUAUUAAAUCACCAGGGUAGGAGUUAUGUUCAACUUUUUCAAUUUUUUCUCUUUUCUGAGGAGGCGGGUGUGUAUGCUCUGGCUAAGGUAGAUUUGAAGCGGGGUCUACAAGAUCCUGGCCCGACCUAGUGGAGCCGGGCCAAAGCAAGUUUGAAGAAGCAUAGGCCAAAUCGAAAAAAUUGGGCUGGUCCGAUCUUUUUAUAGGUGUAGACUAAGGGGAAAUAUAAGAUUCAAAUUUUUUGAAAGUGAUGUUACUUUAUAUGUACAUUCUUAGUCAAAAGUACUGAAAAAUAAAAAAGUUAGACAAAAGUCACGUUUUUUAAAUUCGAUUUAAAGUCUAAUUUUAUCACGUGACUAGAACUUAAAGAAUUUAUGCUCUUGAGGUCAUCACGUGAUUCAACAAGUGACACUUCCUGUUUUGCUAAUUACAAUUGACCUCUUUGAUACUCAUCCUGUCAUAGGAAAACUUUUUAAAAAAUACUGAUUUCUCUAUAACUAAUAACAGUGAAAAUACAUAGUAAAAGAAAUGGCAGUUACUAGAAAUUUGAAAUUUACUGAUUUUGAGUUGCAUUACCUGAUAUAGGAACGUCGCUAAAAGGUUGGGAGGGGGUAAAUGACUUGUUUUUCGAAAUAUGAGUGCACAGAUGCAAUAACUUUGUAGCGACGUUCCUGACUUGAUAUGACAAGAAAAAACGUACUAACUAGUAAGAUAAACGUCUAUUUUUUUAUUUUUUAACCAAGCUUUCAAAAAAGAGUAAUAAGAAAUCUAUUUUUCAGCCAAAUUUACUGUGAGGGUCCAAUCCUACAAGCCGUCCAAGAUGCGCGACUCUUCCCAGAUUCCAAGUAUUUCGUUGAUAUGCCUUUGAAAUAUGACCCGGGUAAGUGUCAUUUAUAAAAAACAAAUUUUUAAAAACAGUCCGAAUUGUUCUCAAUACCAUAUUCUAACUUUCUCUAACUUAAAAUUUCUAAAAAUUCAAAUUUCAAAGCUUUAAACUAAUAUUUAAGCCUAAAACAACAAAAUUUCAGUGACAACACUAAAAGAAUUCUAUGAGUUAGGAGAAGAUGCCAAGAACGCAACAAUUCUUCAAAGAUUUGUCGACACCCACUUCGAGGAGCCGGGUCAUGAGCUGAUCGAGGUUUAUCCUGAAGAUUGGACUCCAUUCCCAACCAGUUUUCAGAAUAUUGAGGAUGUUUACCUUAGGCGAUGGGCUUUACAUCUUCACAGAAUCUGGAGGGAUCUUUGUCGAAAGGUAGGGAAUGGCAGGAACUUUGUUUACAAGACUGUUUAUGAAAAGUGACAGAAACUUUGUUUACAGCAAUUUUCUUUUUAAAAAUAGCAAUAAAUUCUUGUCAAAUUGCGUUUUUUGCGACAAAAAGCGCAAUAACUUUCUUUCCAAAAGUUGAAAAAUUUCAAAAUUUGUACUAGAAAGAGCUUAGGCUACUAGAAGUAUAAUAAAUGUCAUUUCAGGUAAAAGAAGACGUCCGAACACACCAAGAACGAUAUUCAUUGUUAUAUGUGCCUCAUUUGUUCAUUAUACCGGGUGGUCGUUUUCGAGAGUUUUAUUAUUGGUAAGUUAUCAAAUUUAUCAUUUUUAGCUCCUUCCUAACUUUUGUUAUCAUUAAUUUUAUUUUAAAAACAAAAAAUAUAAUUUUGUUACCUAAAAUUUUCAAAAAUCCUUAAAUCUGACCCUUUCUUGGACAUUUCAGGGACACUUUUUGGAUAGUAAAAGGCCUAUUGUACUCGGAAAUGUACGAAACAGCACGUGGAGUAAUUCUGAACCUCGCUUAUAUGGUAGAUCAGUAAGUUUUGUCAUAUUUUUGUCAAAAAGUAGAGCAAUUUCAUUUUUUUCGCUCGAAAUUCUUCGCAAAGGAUUUCAUUUGCGUAGGGUGAAAACAAGAAGAGGGAAACAAGCGCGGCUCAGUGGUCUAGUGGUAUGAUUCUCGCUUUGGGUGCGAGAGGCCCCGGUUUCGAUCACCGGCUGAGCCCAAACUUUUUGCGCUUGGUUUUCGAGGUUUAAAUUGGCAAAAAUGACAUUUUUAGGAUGUAAAACAAGAUUUUAUCAAUUUAAAAUUAUUUUUUGUUAUUCUUAUCAUUAUUUAAGACCUAAAAAAAGCUAUUUUACUUGCAUUUUAACGCAAAAUUUGAAAAAUAAAGCGGAAAAACUGAUAUUUGAAUGAAAAGUAUAAAAAUAGGUAAUAAAAACAAUAUUUUUGAUUAUUUUAGCCACGGAUUUAUUCCAAAUGGAGGUAGAGUCUAUUAUCUAACACGUUCCCAACCUCCACUAUUAAUUGCAAUGGUAUACGAGUACUUUAUGUCUACGGGUGACUUGGACUUUGUUAUGGUAGGUUUGUUGUAAAAAUGAAGAAAUGUUGAUUUUGUAAGCAUGUAUAGUAUUUUCAAAAUAAUAUAAGAGUAGUCAGUAAGAUUAGGUGCAAACAAUUUUUGAAAUUAAAAAGUAUUUUGAUGCUAAUAGUAUAUUACCCAUCAUUUCCAGAGUGUACUACCAUUACUAGAGAAAGAAUACACGUUUUGGAUCAAAAACAGAAGACAAGACUACUAUGAUCCAAAGACAAAUCAGACACUUUUUCACUUUUUCCAAUACAAAGUUCAUAUGAGGUUUCCAAGGCCAGAGUCAUAUAGGGAAGACAUGGAGUUGGUCGAGGGAUUGGACACGCUUGGUAUGUUUUUCAAAAAAUUUUUAUGUUUUUUUAGAAAAUGUAUUUUAAAGGCUUAUUUCAACUGUAUUUUUAUCAAUAUAAUCAGUUUUUGGGCUGAAUUUGGUAAUAACAUAUGUUUCGUAUAACAUGUCACCGCAGGCUGCAAGCUAUCUCUUUUUUUUAUUUUUUUUUAUUUUAAAGCUGAAAAAUAAAAAAAAAACAUAAAUUGUAAAAAGGGAAGGGUAUUUAAAAUUUUUAUUUUUGAAAGUUUGUUGAAAUUUAAAAUUUUUUAAAAUUUCUUUAAAUUUUGAAAUUUUUUAAAAUUUAAUUUUUUUUUAAUUUUGAAAAUUUGAAAUUAGUUUAAAAGUAGAUAACGAAUUCUAUUUUUAUCAAUAUAAUCACUUUUGAGUAUGAUUUUUAAUAAAAACAUAUCUUUCGUAUAACAUGUCAUCGCAGGCUGCAAGAUCGGCUUUUUUUUGAUUUUUCUUUUUCGAUUUUAAGGCUGAAAAAUUGAAAAAAAACGUUAUUUGUAGAUGAAAAUUUAUUUAAAGUUUUUUUUUGUUUUUUUAGUCAAAUUUUUUUUUAAUUUUUAAAAUUUCGAAAUUUUUUAGAAAUUUAAUUUUUUUAUUAAUUUAAUUUAAAAAAUUAUUAAAUCAAAAUUUAUAAAUUAAAAAAAAUUUUUAAAUUUAAAAUUUCAGCUGAAAAAGAAAAAAGUCUGGUCCAACCUAGCCAGUGGCGCCGAAACAGGCUGGGACUUCUCCACCCGUUGGUUUGCGAACGAUGGUCCGCACGUUCAUUCCCUCCGUUCCAUUCGUACCACUUCGAUUGUACCGGUCGAUUUGAAUGCCUUUAUGUGCAUAAAUUCUCGGAUCUUGGCUUCGUUCUUCGAGAUUGCUGGAGACGUGCACAAAACAGCACGUUACAAUCGUGAGUACGAGAACAUGAAGGUGGCUGUGAAGAGUUUGCAUUGGAACGAUGACGAUGGUAUUUGGUACGAUUAUGACUUGGACAAUAGGAAACACUCGAACAAGUAUUACGUCAGUAAUGCCAUGCCAUUGUAUGCCAAAUGCUUUGAUGAUGAGGAUGAUGUGACGCCUUUUAGGGUUUAUGAGUACUUAAAGGUAAGCCCUAGCAAUCCCUUCAACCCUAGCCAUAGCCUCAGCUUGUUAUCAAUGGCUAAAACUUUAUUAAAAGAUUAAAAGACAUGAUUCAUCGUAUAACUUGUCACCCGCAGGCUGCAGGACACCAAAAUGUGUUGCUCUAUAAAAAAUGGCAAGAACUUUCUUUACAAAACAUAAAAUGGCAAGAACUUUCUUUACAAAACAUAAAAUGGCAAGAGCUUUCUUUACAAACUAUAAAAUGGCAAGAACUUCCUUUACAAAUCUUAAAACGGCGGGAACUUUCUUUACAAACUGAAAAACGUGUUUUAUCGUAUAAUUUGGCACCUGCAGGCUGCAGAAAUCAAAAGUUUGUUAUGUUACGAAAAAAUGGCAAGAACUUUCUUUACAAACUAUAAAAUGUCAAAAACUUUCUUUACAAUAAUUUUUGCAAUUUCAGCGUGAAGGCGUACUCAACUUCACCAAAGGCAUACCCACCUCCCUAGCCAUGGGCAGUGAACAACAAUGGGACAAGGAGAACGCGUGGCCUCCAAUGGUACACAUGGUCAUUGAGGGCUUCCGUACCACCGGCGACCCCAAGCUGAUGAAGGUGGCCGAACUCAUGGCCACUCAAUGGCUUAUGGCCAACUACAAGGCCUAUGUCAACACGUAUGCCAUGUUCGAGAAGUACAACGUGAGCACGUUGACCGAGGAGUUUGGUGCUGGCGGUGGAGGCGAGUACGAGGUGCAGAAGGGUUUCGGCUGGACCAAUGGUGUUAUAUUGGAUCUGUUGGACAAGUACGGCGACAAACUCAGCACGUCGGCGGCGAUGGAUACUGUAUUUUCAUUUAAAUUUUGCGGGAUACUGUUGCUAAGCUAUUUCUUGAGUAUUUAGUACUAUUUUGUGGUACUGUAGAUACUGUAGUUGAUUUUACUUUUAACUAGUACUAGUUCUUUUGUAUUAUACUAUUAAAGUACUAGGUAAUAAUAUUACUGUAAGGGUAUAGCUUCUCAUGUAGGCAACUUUUAUGUGGUACUAGUACUGUAAUUUGGGUUUGGUACUGUAGUAGUAUUGUAAUUUUUUUGAUUUUUAAUAAGUACUAGUACUGUAAUCUUGGCAUUUUUGAUAUUGUAUUAGCACUCUAAUCUUGGCAGUUUCAAUAUAGUACUAGUACUGUAAUUUUCUUUGUUUUACAUUAGUAUAUUAGCUCAAUACCACUUCAGUACUUAAUUAGUACUGUAAUUUUACUUUCUUUGGUAUCAUUAUUAACAGCUUUUUUGACAUUGCAUUAGAAUCAUUGUUAUACUGUAUUCGUACUGUAACUGUAGCACUUUGAACAGAGUUUUAAUAAGCAUAUACCGGUUCUUCUUCUAUCAUAUUGUUUUUCCUAUAGUUUGUUUAAUAAAUAUGUCAAUAGUUUUAAAUUCACAUUUUUAAUGCAAAACUUGAAUUGAAAACCUGUGCGCCCUAGGUUUUAAUGGUCAAUGCAGGCUGCAGUUUUGAGUUAUACGAUGAAACGUUUCCGAAAAAGGGGAGAUGAGGGCGGGGCAGGAUAAUUUUGGAUUUGGAAAAUUGUUUUAAGUAUGACAGUUUUGUUUCAAACUAUAUAUAGUUUACAGUAUUAUAAUAAUAUGCGACGAAUUAUAAAAUUUCUGGGGUAGGCUAAUAUAAGCUCUCCAUUUUCUCCACUUAAAAGAGCUUAAGAGUUAUGAUAACGCACGCUCUACGUCUCAGUUUUUAAUAUUUGUAUACUUAUUGUCAAGUAUAAAUGAAUCUUCAUGAUGUAUUUUAUUUUAUUUUGUAUACAAUGUGUUAUUACAUUAAUUACACUAUGUAAAGCUAACGGCACAUUCUGCUUUGAACUACAUGUAGACUCUUUUUUAUGUAAGUUAUGGGAGAGUAAGAUCUUGCGGUUAGGUUAGGUCAGGUACGUUUAGGUUUAGGUAGGUAUGUUUAGGUUUUUAGUGAGAGUAGAGUAGGGCUAGGAUACAGGGUUAUAGAGCUCCCAGAAGCUAUUGCAGGGAUGAAGCACCCGGGCGAAUCGGGAAUUACGUUUGUCUGGGAGAGAGAAGACUCUUCAACCAGUAAUCUACGACAAAGUAUGUCGUAGUCAAACCAACAAUCAAUAAGUAACUGCCAGAGACAGUUUUACAAACAGAAUCAAAUGGUAAAGUAAUAAAUUAACUAUCAAUAAGUUUCAAUCAAACAAAGCCAAUCAAGGUAAUAUUAGAGUUUAUCUUCAGUUCAAACACAAUCAUAAACCAAACUAGGUAGAUCAAAAAACAAUACAAACUUGUAAUCAAACAAUAUAAUCAACCUUAAAACAUCAAACAAUUAAAUCAAACGUGAUCAAAACGUGACAGCAAACGUUCCAGCGAGACACUGAAAUCCGUCCAUCGCCACGAAAAUAGGUCGGCCUUUUGGCACGAACGUUUUCGUGGUGGGAUCUACGGACAAGCGUUUUAAUAAGUUGGUGUGCAGUGUCUGUUUAAUAACAGAAACCGUUAGCCUAUUAGCAAAAACGUCUAGAAAACAAACGCUAAAAAAUAUUAUUUUAGGUCAAGAUUUCUAUGUAGGAUCAGAAAAGGAAGAUAUUUUCGUCACUGUAAUGCUAAACGAACCAGACAUAAUACUGUUGGAUGGGCAAUGCAAGAAUAAGUACGAAGCGUGCGCCAAGUAUUGUGAUGUUCGUAAGUUGUAUUUAUACUAAGUAAAGUCGUUCUAUGAUAGUAAGUUUCAAAUAACGCUGCUUUUUAUUAUAUAUAAACUUACCGUGCUUCAGCCACAAUUUGUAAAAUAUACUGCCAUACUCUUUGUUGUGCACCACAGAUGUUAAGAGACAGAUGUGAUGAUUACGAUGAUAGUAACUACAAGCAUACGUCCACAGAGCUUCAGAUUUUGGACAAAGGCUUUGAGGACGUUGAUGGACAGUCUGUGGGAACAUACGCUGUAGAUGACAUGUACAUUCAACGAUACCCAAUUAUUACUAAAUUGGACAAACAAGAAUUUGCUCUCAAUGUUAUCAUAUCAAUCGACUCAAUAGUACCUUCUUUUCCAAUUGUUAGACUGUAGGUUAGGGUAGGGUAGGGUAGGGUAGGGUAGGGUAGGGUAGGGUAGGGUAGGGUAGGGUAGGGUAGGGUAGGGUAGGGUAGGGUAGGGUAGGGUAGGGUAGGGUAGGGUAGGGUAGGGUAGGGUAGGGUAGGGUAGGGUAGGGUAGGGUAAGGUAGGGUAAGGUAGGGUAGGGUAGGGUGAGAUUGCAAGAAUAAAAACACUAAAAAUAUUGUUACAGUAAUCGCUUUGGCUUACGACGGUAUAAAAAUGGAAGUUCGUUAAUCACAAAUAUGCACAAAAAUGGAAUUAUCAAGUCUCCAAUAGUAUCAAUUGGACCUUCCAAAUUAAUUGGUUUUUUAAAGGUUAACUUUGGUGAAAUUCAAACUAAUUUAUGUAGUGGUUAUCAGUAUGUACCUCUCGAAAGCAAUGUUUAUUGGAUUUUGAGGGUACAAAAAGCACAGUUUUUUGAAUACAAAGUGGAUGCAUCACAUAAUGUAAGUUUUUUCUAUUAAAAAACUACUUGGGCUUGAGUUAUGUUUUGAGGACUGUUUCACAAAAUUUUCUUUUUUUUUAAAUUUGUAUUUAUCAGACUGUUUUUUGAUAGAGUGGGGUAAAUUAAGAUAGAUUAAGCAAAAUUUUUCCUAAAGAUCACCAUUUAGGCAAUGUUAUCAGAAGGAAUUUCCUUGUCGGUUACCUCAGAUCUAAUUCACCAUCUAAUCGGUAGCAAUAUAUUAACCAUUAAUCAAACUGGCAAAUACGAGGUAAAUCAAACGUUACUUAACAACGAAAUGCAAUGGAGUUGGACAUUUUCAAACACCUUAAGUAUUCAAAUUCCGUACUCUCAUCUUGUGUUCAAUGAUGUAUUCCGUAACAAUUAUAUAUACCUUCAUACCAUUGAACCAAAUCCAGACGAUAUUCAAUGGAUAUUGAAUAACGCUGUCUUCCAAAGUUAUUGUGUCGUACUUGAUUAUGGGCUUAACGUUAUUGGUUUUGCGGAGAAACAGGAAGAUUAUGACGAAAGUUAA